GGGCCUAUAACUACAUUGGCAAUUUGGUAGAUUCCUAGUGCUGGUAAUGCCAAUGGAGAACGUAGAGAAGAAAUUGCAAGUGCUUAUGUUCCCCUGGCUCGCGAAAGGCCACAUCUUGCCCUUCGUAGAGCUCGCCAAAAGGCUCGCCCAUCAUGGUGUCAAAAUCAUUUUUCUUUCCACCCCAUCUAAUAUUUCCUGGAUCAGCCCACUGCUCUUGCAGGAGACAGAGUUGUUACAGAUCGAUCUUAUGGAGUUACCGCUGCCCAUUGUGGAGGGUCUGCCGGAGGGCGCAGAGAGCACUGCCGAAGUCCCCGUAGAAAUGCACGACGCACUGAAGAUUGCUCUGGACAAAUUGGAGAAGCCUUUCGAAGACCUCCUCAAAAGGCUUUCACCUGAUUAUGUAAUCUACGAUUUUUCACAGUACUGGGCUGCUACUGUCGCCGCCAAGAUCGACAUACCGGCAGGGCUGUUCUAUAUUUUAAACGCCGCCUUCUGCAGCUACGCGCUUCUACCCAGCAGAUGCAAUGACGACGACACGACCGUGGCGGAUCUGACGGCGCCGCCACCGGGAUACCCAUCUUCCGUCAUCGCUUGGCAGCCCUUCGAAGCGCGAUACAUUUUGGGGGCCUACAAUGGCCCGAGUGGAGAAAUCCUACAGAUCCACCGAUGUCUGAGAUCAAUGCAAGGAUCUGCCUUUAUAGCCAUCAGAUCUGCUUUUCCUAUAGAAGGCAAGUUUAUACGAUUUCUGGAGGCGGCCACGGGUAAGGCGGUGGUUCCGGUGGGUCUUUUGGCGCCUGAAAUUCCCCAUGGUAAGAAGCUUUCUGAGCAAGAGUCCUUCUGCCUCACAUGGCUGGAUAAGCAGAACCCAUCUUCUGUGCUCUAUGUUUCUUUUGGCAGUGAGUGUUUUUUAUCCAAAGAACAGAUUUGUGCCAUGGCGCUUGGUAUAGAGGCUACCGGGCUACCCUUUCUAUGGGUUCUGCGCUUCCCUCGGUUUUCCGACUGCAACACCCAAAACUUUUUCGACGAGAAGAGCAAGGUGUCUGCGUUAUUGCCCGAGGGCUUCGAAUCUCGGACACGGGAGAGAGGAGUUGUCUACACAGCGUGGGCUCCGCAGCUUCAUAUUCUGGCUCAUCCUUCAGUUGGGGGAUUUCUGAGUCAUUCCGGGUGGAGUUCUGUGGUGGAGGCAGUUAAAUUCGGGGUGAAGCUGGUGCUGUUACCUUUGAAUGGCGACCAAGGAAUCAACGCCAGGCUUGCGGCCGGUGAACUGGAGGUGGGCGUGGAGGUCGAAAGGCAAGAGGAUGGGAGUUUCACAGACGAGCAGAUUCGAACUGCCGUUCUCAAGGUGAUGAAUGAUCAAGACCAGGCAAGGGAAUUAAAGUCGAAAAUGAGUGAGAUGAAAAGGAAGACAUUCGGCGAAGGUGGAAGUGAAGAGAUGUGUAUUCAGGAGUUCAUUGAACACAUCCGUUUGUGUAAAGCAACAAACUGAUUUGCGUGCGAUUAGAUUGGUGGUCUUCAAAAAGUAGGCGCAUGAUCUAAACGCAGAAAUCAAGCUUUUGCAGUGUCGGCAGUUUUGCUGGUGUAGUGCCUCCAUAACGUGUUGCAGGCUUGCAACUUGCGCUUAUGAUAGCCUUACGAAACAUUGUAUUUUAUUACGAAGCAUUGACUAUUUGUCGAAUAGAUAAGUAUGAAAAUCGAAUCUCCAAGCUUAAUAAAUUUGAUAUUUCAUAAUCUUGUCUAAAGAUGGUAUGCACAUCUUGAUGAUGAUCUCAAUCAUUACAAGUCAUUUGGGCAUGCAAUUGUUUUUAUUAAGCAUGUCUUUUGGUU